GUGUUACCAAAAUCCGGGAGCGAUAAGGCCAGCCGUCGCUCGUUUUCUGUCCGCCAUGGCGUCGUCCACUGUGCUCACUUCUCCCUCUGUCGCCGCCGCACAUCUCACGACCGGAGACGACUCCACCAGGAGGCGGCACUUCUGGGCGAAGUGUUCAUUGCCGCUCCCUCCGCCACUCCCUCGAGAUGCCCCUACGUCCACCAGGCGGGCCGCCUCGAUCGCGCUUCUCUUCCUCCUCGGCGGCUUCUCCGCCCACUCCAAACGCGCUGAUGCGGCAAAUCCCUUCGAUAAGUACCUGAAGCGGAAGAAGUUGGAUCCGUUGGAAUCGUAUGUUCCUGCUGUUCUACUGAGUCGAGCACAAUUUGAGGACUUGGAGAAAUUCUUGGAUAGCAAGCAGCCAAAUUAUGACAUAAGUCGAUCUUUGUUGCGUUCUGGCCCAGCAGCUUCUCUACGCAUUAACAUCCGAGCCGUGGCACAAUAUGCAACUGAAGAUGGUAAUGGAAAAGCAGCCUCCGAUGCUGUUGAGCAAUGCCUAAGGGCCUUAGAGGAUCUUGACUCGCUUUUGUUGAAUGCAAUAAGAAAUGAUCCCAGAGCUUCCACUGAAUCCAUGAAGGGAAAACUUGACAUUGUUUUGGGAUCCUUGGACAGCCUCUUGCAAACUGUACCAUCCAAGGUGCUAGAUCAAGGGAAGGCAAUUGCAGAUGCUUAUAUGGACCCAAGCUACCAAAGUGACAAGCCUGCGGUUUCGGACACGGAGAUUACCAAGUUGGAAGCACUUUUUUGAGUGAGUUUGUUUCCUAAGUAGGGUUUCAGUUUGGAAAUCGAGUACAUGUUUUCGUAGCAUGACCAAUUAAUUAGUUUUACCUAGGGAGCUUUCAAAAGCCAUAGCAUGUAAAAGUUUUCUGUAAAUGAAUGAACCUCAAAGCUUCAGGCGAGUGAUGCAUUUUUAUCUGUUCGAUUGGAACAUUCGUUUACAA